AUGCUGGCACAGCCACUGCUUAUCAUCUCGAGGAAUGGCGGCCAUCUAAGACCAGAAGUCUACUUCGCUAUGUCCGACAACAUCGAAAAGUACGGCCUGGAAGCUGCUGCUGAGAUCUCCAACCACGAAGUUGCUCACAUCCAAGCAAUCAAGAAGCUGAUCGAAAAAGAGCACAUUGACUGCGACUUUACUCUGACCCGGACCUUUGACGUUUUCCUGGACGAAGAACUCGCCAACCAGUCCAAAGAAGCGUACGAUAGCAUGGUAAAGAGAGGCUUGACUUCUAUUCAAGACGCGCACUUUACACCAGCAAAGUAUGCGGAACGAGUAUCCGGAGUCAAAGACGCCAAAGGCUGCUUCAGCUUCACUGCGGCGCAUCUCUGGCCUUACAAGUUCAUCAUGCAUCUUCUCGGCCUCGCAAUUGCCAAAGGGCUCAAUUUGCAGACCCAUACGCCUGUAACGCAUGUAACUUCGACGCCGGACGACGGCGAGCGCUACGCCGUCACCACUCCCAGAGGAAUCAUCACAGCUAAGAAGGUAGUCUUUGCCUCGAAUGGCUUCACGGCCGGCAUUCUUCCCGAGUACUUGCAGAAGAUCGUGCCUUGUCGAGGAAUAUGCAGCCGUAUUGUGACGCCUGAUCCAAACAAGGCGCCUUAUCUGAACAAUACGUAUAGCUUGCGGACUGGCCAUGACAUGUACGACUAUCUGAUUCCGCGGGUGGACGGGAGUAUUAUAGUUGGCGGCGCCAAAGCCACGAUGUCGAACGACAAAAGCGUGUGGUAUGACAACACUAAUGAUAAUGAGCUGAUUGAGCCUGCAAAGGAAUACUUCGAUGAAUACAUGCAACGACGAUUUGUCGGGUGGGAAGAAAGUGGAGCCUAUGUGGACAAAGUGUGGACUGGGAUAAUGGGCUACACCUCCGACCUCCAACCGCAUGUCGGUCCAAUCCCCGCAAAGCCAAAUCAAUACAUCGUGGCCGGCUUCAAUGGCCACGGCAUGCCCAUCAUCUUCCUCGCCGCCAAGGGCGUUGCGGAGAUGAUCAGAAACGACAAGACGUUUGAGCAGACUGGGCUCCCGAGAGUAUACAGAACGACCGAGGAAAGGCUGCACACCGACAGAUAUGUCAUUUUCAACAAGGCUCAUUAG